AUGACACGGCCGUCAGCUUUCCUGUUGGUUAUUCUGAUCCGGUUUGGCUCAGCAUGCAUGCCCGGAUAUGAAGCAGAGCGAGACAAGCUGAGAGAGCACCUCGGAAUCGAGUGGAUUCCCGGUGGACUGAAAGAAAACUCUUUUUCGAAAGACCGACACAUCCGACACUCAUCCGACUUGGAUUGCAAUUUCGCAGAACCAAAAAAAUGUCGUUGGAAAAACAUGGAAAACAGAUUGGGAUUCGACUCACUCGACUUUUAUCUCUUCGAGAAAAUCGAUUUCACCGAGUUUCCGGCGCUGCGAGUUGGACCAGGCCCUACGAAGGUCCUCCAAGGAGAAAAGAUGAUUUUUACUGGUGACAAAAAGAGAGAGGAACAGUCAGCUAUAUACAUUUCCUCGCCGAUUGGCUGCCAAAAUGCUACCGGAAAUCUCACUUUCACAUAUUGGGCAUACAACAGCGCUCAAGUGGAGAUCGUACUAUUUGAAGACCGACCUGGUGGAGAUUACAAAAUGCUUUACGAGAAACCCUACGUGGAUUGCGGAACUGUGAAAAUGAAUACCGAAUGUCAUGCCGAAAUUCCGGCUCGCCAAACACCAUUCAGAAUCGGCAUUCGAGCUUAUGACAUGGCGACCACUGAGGGAUCGUUUAUCAUGCUCGAUAAUAUCAUAUACAGAGCUUCACUUUGCAAGGUUGCAAUUGACAUGGGCGAUGGCUUCAAAUCAUCUCCACUGGUAUCAGCAGCAGCAGGAAAGCCAAUUCGAUCAGCGUCAGACCUUGACUGUAAAGAUUUUGAGUCAUGCCGAUGGAGAGGCGGCCCAGAGAAUUCCAAGCCCUGGAGAAUGUCUUCUUCAUCGCUUCCCCUUGAUUUACUGUUCAACAUGACAGGCAGCUACAUUGAGCCGGAAGGGAGAUAUGCUCUGCUAUACAUUGAGCAGGACACCAAGGGACCGCUUGAUUACCUACGAUCAGAUCCUAUCAACUGCCAAAGUCAGACGGAAAACACACUUUCGUUGAGAUUCUGGAAAACGAGAGAUGUCGAACUGGAGGCCUGCGCGAUGUCAUUGAUGGGAGAAGAAAUCGAGUGCUACGCGUUACCAUCCGAAAUGAGCCCAGCUCCAGUGUCUGUAUCGUUUAUCAAAGCUGCAAAGAACUUCGAGAUCACCAUCCGAGUACGGUCCUUCAAUCCGGAUUUCGAUUCACUGGUGAUCAUUGAUGAUAUUUCCUACCGUGCGACACUUUGCAGCGAUGCUUUGAGUGUAUUCGAUCUCGGUGAACACUUCCUUAGCACUCCGAUGCUCAGUCUACUCCUCAACAGGAAUGUCGACUCAGCGAAGGAGCUUGCUUGCGACUUUUCUCGACGAGCGGCAAACUGUGUCUGGGGCUCAACAGAGUCCACGACUGGCAACGAGGACACAGAAAUUGCUCAGAACCAGUGGAUGGUCGGUCAUGGUCCGCUUAACCAGGAGAAAUUCUAUUCUCUUACUGGUCACAACGAUUUGCCAGAUGGCGAAUUCGCAGUGGCUCGAAUGGAAACUGGCGGUUCUACCAUGCUACUUUCCGAAGUGAUCCGAUGUGUCGUGAAUGACGUCAGCAUCCAGUUCAAUUUAUGGCUCACCGGAACUGCCAAAUUGCAGGUGAUAUACGUAGAUCUCAAAGCUGUCANGACGAAUCGACGCCAUCUCUUCUGGACUGCCAACCGGCUGCAUCCGGUCCAGUGGUCGUCGACCUGCCUCGGAUUGAAAGGCCGUUCAGAAUCGCUCUCCGAGCAGAGUCUCCUGAUCAAGGAAUGGUCAUUGUAG